CAUAUUUAGCAUAGCCUAAGUUCAGCACACUCAGUAAACAUCUAAUUGCUUUUUGGGAUUUUUGAAGGUGCCGCGUUUUGAUUGGGGAUGCGUUUGAGCUGGAGCAGGUCUCUACAGGGAGGAUAGCUCAUCUCGUCGUCCGACUGCAGUCAAUAGUGGAGGAAAUAUCGAAAUAAUGCUAGAAUGAUCGGUUUUAUUUAGUUACUACUACAAUGUGUUUAAGUUUCUAAUGGGCACAAGAAGUGACGGAAUGCAUAAAUAUAAAGCACAUGUGCAUUGAUGACAGGCGUUUAUGGUGAGCUUUUUGGAUUUUUAUCCCUGCAACCUGUCGGAGCGGAGGGUGGGGUCUGAUGUUGGAGUCAUGACGCAGGGGUUAUCGGGUACAUUCUUCCUCUCUAUGGCAACAAAGUGAACUGAUAAUAUAGAAAUCGUGUGGGUCAAAAAGGAGUAGGCCUACAUACAAUUUUUUUUGCAAUUCUUGGAUUUAGUGCCAUCCGGCGCGCGCGUGUCAAAGCUUAGGGCUACACACAUGGCAUCUGGUGGACCGUGGAUGUUGGCAGCAGCAGUUGCCACUAGUUGACAUGUCACCCGCGUGUGAGCAUCAAGUGAGCUUUUCAAGAGAGAGACACAGACAAAGAGGCGGACACUGAGAGAGGGAGAGAUAAAAAAGGGGAGAGUGAGGAGAGAGAGUAUCACCAAUCUUCACUUUCCAGCGUUGCCGAAACAAACUAAAUCUCCUACGCCUUGAAGCACUCCAAUGUGCGACCAUCGUUGGAAACGUCUGUUGACUUUAUUAUCCUUGUUAUUAAUAUUAGUAUGAGGCGCAAUGGCUUGGUUUGACCGCGGGGUUCAAACGCUGCUGGCCACCGCCGGGGCUUUCGCCGCGUUCAGCCUCAUGACCAUCGCCAUAGGGACAGACUACUGGCUGUAUUCGCGCGCGUACAUCUGUAACGCCACCAAUGCCUCUAUGGACGACACCCCAUCGCAGCCCAAAACUAAGAAAGGCGACCUGACCCACUCGGGGCUGUGGAGAAUCUGUUGUAUUGAGGGCAUCAACCAAGGCAGCUGUAACAGGAUCAACCAUUUCCCCGAUGACAACGACUAUGACACGGACAGCUCUGAGUACCUCCUGCGCAUCGUGCGGGCCUCCAGCGUGUUCCCCAUCCUCAGCAAUGUCCUGCUGAUGUUUGGGGGGCUCUGUGUCGGGAUGGGCCACGUCUACAGCAAGCGCAACAACAUCCUCCUCAGUGCAGGCAUCCUGUUCGUUGCUGCAGGUCUGAGCAACAUCAUCGGCAUCAUCGUUUACAUAUCCAGCAACGCCGGUGACCCCAAUGACAGGCGGGAUGAUGACCGCAAGUAUACAUACUCCUACGGCUGGUCCUUCUACUUUGGCGCGCUGUCCUUCAUCGCGGCCGAGGCAGUGGCCGUGCUCGCCAUCAACAUCUAUAUCGAGAAGAACAAGGAGGUACGCUGGCGAGCACGCCGUGACUUCAUCCGCUUUCUCUCCUCUUCCUCACCAUACUCGCGAAUGCCCAGCUCCCACUUCCGCCGGCGGACAUCACGCUCCAGCUCUCGCUCCACAGAGGCGUCGCGAGAGAACUCGCCAGGCACCAACGCCCGCAAGGGGGGCAUGGUGCCGUCUCCCAGCCGGCCACUGGGCGAGCUGUCCAUGUACACUUUGGCCAGGGAUAGUGUUGCCGAGAGCCCCUACAGCCCAGAGCAUCAUGUCGCAGCCACCGCUGCUGAAUUCCUGCAGGUGCAUAACUGUUUCCCCAAUGACCUCAAGGACGGGGGCAACCGCAGGACCACACCGGUGUGAAGCACAGGGUCUCGUCCCGUGGUCUCGUCCCGGGGUCUCGUCCCGGAGUCUCGCCUAUUGGUCUCAUCUCGGGAUCUCGUUCUGUACUCGGGUUCCGAAGCGAUACUGGGGUUACAAGGGGGUACUCGGUAACAAUUGGGUACUGGGGUUUCCGGAAACUCAGAGGACAGGUAAUAGAAAUGGAGUCCACAAAAGAAAACCAUCGGAGACGAUUCCAUACUUUGAGUUACUUCAGGGUCCAAAGAGAGCAGCAGGUGUGUGGAAAGAUAUCUGUGUAACCAUCAGUUGUAAAUUGAGCUGUUGUCUCUUGUAUUGGCCUUUGUUAUCGUUGUUCCUCUUCUAUUGAGACUGUUUUUAGAGGCUUGUCACUGCAGGGUUGAGGUGCCGUUAUCUGUGUCUUAGCCAGCGUCAUGUUUGAGGUCAUUGGAUUGUGAUCACACUCCUUUCAAAGAGGGCAUUGGUUACAAACACUGCUGUUUAUUCUAGAAUUAUUCUUGUUUAUGUGAUUCUUAAAAAAAAAGAUUCAACAUUUUAGUGAGAUCUGAAUGUGCCGUAUUCUACCAGUGUUUUACUUAACAAGGUGCUAGGUUAUCUAUAACAGUGUCUUUGUGUAUGCUCUGUUUCUAUCAAGUGUGGACCUCUCGACUUAAUUUCUGUGUUGUGGGUUAUUAUACCGAGGCGGUUUCCUCUUCAUCAACAUAGUCAUUUAUUCGAGUCCCUACAUGGCGGAUUAACCAAAAUAUACAGUUAUAAUUAUAUAAACUCUUGAGUGUAAUUCAGUGUUUUUGGUAUAAUCUGAGAUCAAU